UCUGAGGACGGCCAUGAGUAGACACUGAGACGUUGUUGUGGAUACCCGUAUUACCCCGUGUAUAUCACGUCGGAUAUCGUCACCCCCUUAUCAAGAUCGGGGGAGGGGGUCAGUCAGAACACCUGGACUUUACUGGAUGCUCAGGUGUGAGCCUAAUACUUUUAAUUACAGGUACUCGUUGCAAGACUCACAGGGGAUGGUCAGCUGUGUGCCUUCAUGGAUGGUGUGUGACAAAUGAACAUGUUUUGGGUUAAAAUGAAACGUUUUGGAUAGCAUCUUCGACAGAGAUACGUAAUACGUAAAUACAUAGAAGGUGGCGAGGAGUUUAAGUUGCCACUUCCGCCAUUGAGUGAUACAAGAAACUGUUCACGGGUUCUACAAAACACUACUUCCACUUCCGGUUCCGGUUGAGCUAUGGCGGAUCCGGUUGUCAGUUCCCGAUUCGGACAGCGCCCUAUUUUGGAGGUUCCCGCUCUAGAAGUCUUCAACCCUAACCGAAUGGUUGGAUCGUUACAGGACGACAACCCACGAGCUCAUCCGACGUUCGGGCGAACCGGGUACACGGCUCCACAGCCAGACUACAGCCGUUACAACCACAUACCCCCGUACCCGUACCCGAACCUACCAAGCGGACAUGCUCCACCCAUACCGGCGUAUUUUGGAAUCAGCCAAGCACCGCGACAAGCUCAAACAGUUCCGGCGUAUAGCCAUCACCCAGAUCCACGUUUUUACACAUAUGGACCUUACGGGGAGGUGAGGGGAGGGUCUGUUCAACCCACGUACUAUAACCCCUACCCUGGGGUACAGAGCCCGUACUAUGUACCCCCACCCCCUCCUCCACCACCCAUACCCCCGCCACCAAUGGCUCAUCACAUAACGGACGAGAGUUUCUACAUGGAAGGGGUGCUGGAGUUUGGUCGGCUUGUGACAGUGCAUCUGAAAAGGUCUUCGAGAGAUUUUACAAGUUUACCGGAUUUCAUGAAACGAGAGUUAAAAGCAACGUACGGGAAGUAUCCCAAAACUGACAUUCGGAUAACAUCGGAUAAGGGGGAGUACCACAUCUACGCCAAACCCCAGGGGUACGCGGAUGAUGCUGACUACCCCCGGUCCUUCCGCACCCCGUCGAAACACGAGCAUGAGGCAAGGAAUCCCAGCUACAGACCCAGGGACGUGGAGAGAUGGUACGACUGGGACCCACAGAACAGACGGGAUGAUGAUGUAUUUUUCGAAUGAGACAAACACGUGAACAGUGUUAUUCAUCAACGUGUAGGACCUCCAGACACGGCACACUGGAUAGCAUGGUGCACCAUCGGGUGAUUCAAAUGGAGCCUCAGCAUCGAUUGUCAUAGCAACCGUACCAGGUUGUGUGUUUUGGCAAUGACAGUGUUUCUCUGUUCGUAUCGUGAAAUGACUUGUGGAUGAAGGGGGGCACCUUCAUCCUUAUUUAUGAUGAAGUAGAACAUUUUUGAGACAGAUACAAAGGUUUGUUGACUCAGAUGUAACAACAAUCCGCCUUGGACAUUCCUGUGUCACAGUGCAAUCUGAUACAGUACUGACCCCUCAGUGAAUAGUCAUUUAUUGGGCACUUCUUUCUGUACCAGAACGUUAGAGCAUAUCUAUAAAUAGCGCUUGUGUGGUGUGGUGGCCUGGUGGUUAAAGUGUUCGCUCGUCACAUCGAAGACAAGAUUUAAAGUUCAUUAUAAGGUUCGAUUCCCCUCAUGGGUACAUUGUGUGAAGCCCAUUUCUGGUGUUCCUCGCCUUGAUAUUGCUGGAGUAUUGCUAAAUCGCUACUGUUUGCACACCUGUUUGAGAGAAUUUAGACGCUAUGUACAUUCAUUAACAUUGGUAUCAAUAUUAUUAUCACAGUUUAGAUGCCAGUGUCCUUUGGUCUGAUUUAUAUAUAACCUGAAAACAUUAAUGGAUUUGAACAUGUAUAAUAAUUCCGGCUUUUGUACAUCCAGUUUAAAGUGUAUGUCAGUGUGUGUCUAUUUUGAAAAGUUACAUUAUAGAUUGAUAAUCCUCUUUUUCCUUAAGGGAUAAGUCAUCUGAGACAAUCCACUGUAGAAUUAUACCGAAUGUUGGUCAAUUUCCAUUCAGAAGCAUUCAUUUCGGCAGAUUUCGACAAGAAGUAUAGCUUCUCCUGCCCUGGGGACGACCAUGGUAGGUGUUAGCAGCCAAUCUCAUUAAAAUCAGAUCUUAGUUCUCGCUGCCGCUAAACAAAGAUCUGAGGACAUCCCAUUACGGGUCACGUCAGACCGACCUUUCGCGAACUCUAACCGACCAAUGGAAUUACUG